CGCCGACAUGCGACGCGGGUAGCCCCCGCACUCUUCUUCGGAAGCAUCGGAGGACCUCCCCUCCUCCCGGCCUGGGCGUGCCAAGAGGACAGGGGUUAAAAUGAAUGAAGACCUGAAGGUCAAUUUAAGCGGGCUGCCUUGGGAUUCUCUAGAUGCUCCGGAGAACGCAUCUGCUGCUGGCUCCCCCCAGGCUCCCGCUGUGGAGUCAGAGCCCGAGCUCAUAGUCAACCCCUGGGACAUUGUCCUGUGCACCUCAGGAACCCUCAUGUCCUGUGAAAAUGCCAUCGUGGUCCUUAUCAUCUUCCACAACCCCAGCCUGCGAGCGCCCAUGUUCCUGCUGAUUGGCAGCCUGGCUCUUGCAGAUCUGCUGGCCGGUAUUGGGCUCAUCAUCAAUUUUGUGUUUGCCUACCUGCUUCAGUCAGAAGCCACCAAGCUGGUCACCAUCGGACUCAUCGUGGCCUCCUUCUCCGCCUCUGUGUGCAGCUUGCUGGCGAUCACGGUGGACCGUUAUCUCUCGCUGUAUUACGCGUUGACAUACCAUUCGGAGAGGACCGUCACUUUCACCUAUGUCAUGCUCACCAUGCUCUGGGGGACAUCUAUCUGCCUGGGGCUGCUGCCUGUCCUGGGCUGGAACUGCCUGCGAGAUGAAUCCACCUGCAGUGUGGUCAGACCUCUCACCAAGAACAACGCCGCCAUCCUUUCCAUCUCCUUCCUCUUCAUGUUCGCCUUGAUGCUUCAGCUCUACAUUCAGAUCUGUAAGAUCGUGAUGAGACACGCCCAUCAGAUAGCCUUACAGCACCACUUCCUGGCCACCUCGCACUAUGUGACCACCCGGAAAGGGGUCUCCACCCUGGCCAUCAUCCUGGGGACCUUUGCUGCUUGCUGGAUGCCUUUCACUCUCUACUCUUUGAUAGCAGAUUACACCUAUCCAUCCAUCUACACCUACGCCACUCUCCUGCCCGCCACCUACAAUUCCAUCAUCAACCCUGUCAUCUAUGCUUUCAGAAACCAAGAGAUCCAGAAGGCUCUCUGCCUCAUUUGCUGUGGCUGCAUCCCAUCCAGUCUGUCCCAGAGGGCACGGUCACCCAGUGAUGUGUAGCAGCCUCCACCUAAGAGGACAUUGGCUAGACAGACCGAGCACUUCCACUGCCCAGCCAGUGAUUGACACAGGCUUCUCAUAAACCCUUUGCUCUGGAUCCUUUCUCAAGACACAGGAGCACUUAGCACUGACAGGGCAAUGACAUCAUUUAGAUAAAGUUAAGUGAUUGAAGUGAAAAUGUUACCAGUGUUGUCUUUUAAAAAAAUAGUUGUUGACUUUGGUGUUCAACAUUAUUUC